CUGGACCCCUCCGGGGACGUGCACUAUUGGUGGCUCAGCAUCAUGGUGCUUCCCGUCCUGUACAACUGGGUCAUCCUGAUCUGCAGGUCCUGCUUCCCCGCGGUGCAGCAGCAGCACCUGGCCCUGUGGCUGAGCCUGGAUUACCUGAGUGACCUGCUCUACCUGCUGGACAUCGCAGUGCGCUUCCACACCGGGUUCCUGGAGCAGGGCAUCCUGGUGCGGGACCGGGCCCAGAUCUCCCGGCGCUACCUGCGCUCCGCACACCUGCCGUGGGACGUGGCCUCGGUGCUGCCCACCGACCUGCUGUACCUGCUGCUGGGGCUGCACGUGCCGGCCGUGCGGGCCAACCGGUUCCUGCGCACGCCGCGCCUCUUCGAGGCCUUCGACCGGCGGGAGACGCGCACGGCCUACCCCCACGCCUUCCGCAUCGCCAAGCUCAUGCUCUACGUCUUCGUCACCAUCCACUGGAACGCCUGCGUCUACUACGCGCUCUCGGGCGCCAUCGGCUACGGGGCGGACGCCUGGGUGUACCCCAACCACAGCCGGCCCGGCUUCGCCCGCCCGCUGCGCCAGUACCUCUACAGCUUCUACUUCUCCACGCUGGUGCUCACCACCGUGGGCGACACGCCCCCGCCCCAGCGCCAGGAGGAGUUCCUCUUCAUGGUGGCCGGCUUCCUGCUGGCCGUCAUGGGCUUCGCCACCAUCAUGGGCAGCAUGAGCUCUGUCAUCUCCAGCAUGAGCACGGCCGAGGCCGCCUUCUACCCCGACGCCGAGCGGCUGAAGGGCUACCUGCGGCUGCAGCGCGUGGGCCGGCGCCUGGAGACCCGCGUGGCCCGCUGGCACCAGCAUCUGCAGCUCAACAAGAAGGUGACCAACGAGCAGCAGGUCCUGCAGCACCUGCCCGAGCGGCUGCGGGCCGAGGUGGCGGUGAGCGUGCACCUGGCCACACUGCGCAAGGUGCAGCUCUUCCAGACCUGCGAGCGGGGCCUGCUGGAGGAGCUGGUGCUCAAGCUGCGGCCCCAGGUCUACAGCCCGGGCGAGUACGUGUGCCGGAAGGGCGACAUCGGGCGGGAGAUGUACUUCAUCCGCGAGGGGCAGCUGGCCGUGGUGGGCGACGACGGGCGCACACGCUUCGCCGUGCUGGGCGAGGGGCUCUACUUCGGCGAAAUCAGCAUCAUCAACAUCAAGGGGAACAAGUCGGGGAACCGGCGCACGGCCAACAUCCGGAGCAUCGGCUACUCGGACCUGUUCUGCCUCUCCAAGGAGGACCUGCGGGAGGUGCUGGGCGAGUUCCCCAGCGCCAAGGCCGCGCUGGAGGCCAAGGGCCGGGAGAUCCUGCUGGGCAUGGACAAGCUGGACGUGAACGCCGAGGCGGAGGAGACCGCGCGCCAGCAGGAGGCCGAGCGGCGCACGGGGGCCCUGGAGGACGCACUGGACGCCCUGCAGACCAAGUUCGCCCGUCUGUUGGCCGAGCUGGAGUCCAGCGCCUUCAAGCUAGCCCUGCGCAUCGAGCACCUGGAGUGGGAGACGCGGGGCUGGGCUGGCGGCAGUGGGGUGGGCCAGGGGGCUGCGCCCAGGCAGUGAGGGACAAGGGCCAGCUCCUGGCCCCUGCCAGCCCCCCAGUGCAGAGCCGGGCUGCUGAGGUGGGAGAGCCUGGUGUCACGGACUCCCAGGUCCUGCCCACUCGUGGCCCCGUGCGGUCCAUUGUGGGGGGGACCUCUUCAGUGAGACAGCCCUUCUCUGGGGUCCACUCUCUCCCGGGGUCAGGCCCCUCCACCUCCUGGAGCCGCACCUCUCGGACCCUUAGCAUGUCUGUCUCUGCCGUGGGCCCCCUCAGGGAGUCCCCUCGCUCUGGACCCAUGGGGCCUCCACCCCCCGCCGGAAAUAUUCUGCCCCCCCCGAUCAACUCUCAGCCAGUGUCACACAGGAGGGUUUAUUGAGCAUUGAACCCAGCACAGGAAACUCCCCAGACCUCAGGCCUGGCCUCCCUCAGCACAGCACAUCCCAGUCUCACAGCAUCCAGGUGGGCUCUGCCUGCUCCCCCUCUCCAGCCCAGAGCCCCCCUGCUCCCAGCUGGGCAUCUGAGAUCCCUGGCCCCAGGCCCCGCCUCUGUCCAUUGUCUUCUCUCCAGGGAAACAGGUCGCCUGGGCCCCCUCUCUGCUCUUCUGUCCUCUGGUCCCUCUGGCUGGAACCGGCAGGUCACCGGGGUCCUCUCUCCACAGCCCAUUGUCCUCCCACUGGCCAGAACCGGCUGCGACUCCUGAGCUGGGCCUCCCCGUCACCAGUCACUGGGGUCUCCAUUCUCCAGGCCAUUGGCUGGGGUCCCAAGUUAAAUUAAUGGAGAUAUACUUCUCUCCUAGAACUGGAAGGGAAUCCAAAGGGUCAUCGAGUCCAGCCCCCUGCCUUCACUAGCAGGACCAAGUACUGAUUUUGCCCCAGAUCCCUAAGUGGCCCCCUCAAGGAUUGAACUCACAACCCUGGGUUUAGCAGGCCAAUGCCCAAACCACUGAGCUAUCCCUCUCUGGUCCUCUGUCACAACAAACUCCCUUUCCCCUCCCCUCAUUAAACCAGCAACAUCCAGGGACACUGAGUCCCACCCCCUCAGUGUGGAGACCAUUGACAAACCCCCUGCUUCAUCACACCAGGGAAGGGUUAAUGGGUCACAAUCAGCAGCCUCUAGGGCCGUGGUCCUCAUCCAGGGGUGCCUGGGGGCCGCCAGCAGGUCUCGGGGGGCUGCCAAGCCCAGGGCAGACACCCCAAGUCCCGCCGUGCAGGACUGCAGCCCCAGUCCCCGCCCCGGGGCCGAAGCCACAGUCUGAGUAAUGUAGCUUGACGGGGCCCCUGUGGCGUGGGGCCCUGGGCACCCCAGCUUGCGAUCCCACAACGCCACCAAAACCCAGUUGCUGUGGCACGGGGGGGGGGAGGGGGGCUCAGAGAGAAAGCGCUUGAGAGCCCUGCUCCAGGGAACAGCCCCCUUUCACCCCCAGGACACCUCUCCCCGGGCUGAGCCCAGCCCCACAGCUCCCUUGCAGCCCCACCCCCCCGGGGAAAGGUCGGUUCUGGGAUCCGGUUCUGACCAGGCUGCCAGCUUUCAAAUGGCACAAAACCAAACACCCUUGCGCCCCCCUUCUCUGAGCCCCCACCCCUGCUUACUCCAUCCCCCUCCCUCCAUCGCUCACUUUCACCGGGCUGGGCCAGGAGGAUUGGGGUACGGGAGGGGGUGAGGGCUCCGGCUGGCUGGGCAGGGGUCCCGUCCCCGCGCCCAGACGCUCACACUGUGGGGGAGGGGGUCCUGUCCCCGUGCCCGGACGCUCACACUGGGCGGGGGGGUGGUCCCGUCCCGCACCUGGACGCUCACACCGGGGCGUCCCGUCCCUGCGCCCGGACGCUCACACCGCGGGGGGUCCUGUCCCCGUGCCGGACGCUCACACCGCGGGGGGUCCUGUCCCCAUGCCGGACGCUCACACCGGGGCGUCCCGUCCCCGCGCCCGGACGCUCACACCGCGGGAGGUCCUGUCCCCGUGCCGGACGCUCACACUGGGGGGUCCCGUCCCUGCGCCCAGACACUCACACCGGGGGGGGGGGGUGGUCCCGUCCCGCACCCGGACGCUCACACCGGGGCGUCCCAUCCCCGCGCCCGGACGCUCACACCGCGGGGAGUCCUGUCCCCGUGCCGGACGCUCACACCGCAGGCAGGGCCGUGCAUGCGCAGCGUGUACCUGUCUGGUCCCUGGCAGUAAAUCCAGGGGACGAA